AUGAACACGACGUCGUUUUUUUGGGAGUUGGUUUCAGUUAAAUUGAACAAAUGCACCGUUUCUCUCUCUCAUGGUGCCACUGUCACUCUUCUCUUCUCCUUUCUGCUUUGCCAAUUCUCUCUUUUUUCGACAAAUCGAUUUUAUGCUUUGGGUCAGUCGUUAAUGAUAACUUGACACCUGGAUGAUGCUUUCUGAUUGGUUAUUUACAUAUAUUAUAAUUCAGAAUGUGGAACUUUGCAUCAAAUUGCAUUGCUGGAACUGUGGGACUGAAAAAUGAUUCUUCAAAGCAUAAUCAUUCUGCUUCGGAAUGUUCUGAUGAUGAGACUUCUAUUAUAGGCAGAGAGGAAGGACUGGAAUGCCCGAUAUGUUGGGAAUCUUUCAAUAUUGUUGAAAAUGUGCCCUAUGUUUUAUGGUGUGGCCACACCCUUUGUAAAAAUUGCAUCCUCGGACUGCAAUGGGCUGUUGUGAAAUUUCCAACGCUGCCUGUUCAACUUCCCCUUUUUAUCUCCUGUCCAUGGUGCAACCUUCUAUCUUUUCGUUUAGUUUACAGGGGAAAUCUUAAAUUCCCUCGCAAAAACUAUUUCCUUCUUUGGAUGGUUGAGAGCAUGAAUGGUGAUAGAGUGAAAUCAUCACAUUCACCUUUCUGUGGGGAUAAUCAACAACACUCCAUUAAAGACAAUUUAACCAUGGGAUGCCAAGUAAGCCAUGGAAACCUUCGGAGGGGGCAAGUCCGCCAUCCAGAAACAUCAAGUUCCAACCAAUAUCAUGGUAAUACUGGUGAUCACAUCAAUACGGAAAGACUUCAUGUUUAUCUUCGGAAGUCACUGGUCUUCUUUGUCCAGUUGACGGCUAAGUUCCCAUUGGUCAUUAUAUUUCUAUUAAUCAUCCUAUAUGCAAUACCAGCCAGUGCAGCCAUUUUGGCUCUGUAUGUACUUGUUACAAUUCUGUUUGCCCUCCCUUCAUUUCUCAUAUUGUACUUCUCAUAUCCUAGUUUGGACUGGCUUGUCAGAGAAAUCAUCACUUGAGAUUGUGAACUAAUAUAGGCUCCAACUUUGCAAGCAUUGAUACUACAAGUUUGCCUCAGCUAGUGCUCCCCUUAUAUCUUCUACUAUGUAAUUAGCCGACUUCCCCAUUACAAACUAUCAUUUAUCUUCCCAUUUAGGGGACCCUCUAAUCUCUGUAUACUUAAGUCUUGAUUUUAGCUUUGGUUGUACUUGGCUAGUUGGUGGGUGCAAUGUCAGUUUUUUGCAUUAGCAUUGAUGUCAACCAGGGCUGAGGGAUAUGGUAAUGAUAAAUGCUUGCACCAUUUCCUGGUGGCAAGUAUUUGUUUGAUUAAUCAUUAAUGUCAAGUUUUGUUUUGUAUGGAUGGACACAUGGAUGUUACUUCCAAUAGUUAUACUAUUAUUAUGUUUGUAAAUUGUAUAUAUUAAUUGAGUUGUUUGUAAAGCAAUGUGUGGCAAUACUAUCUGCUUAAGUUGAAAUUAGUGAUAUUACUGUCUCUGUUUAAGAAAUAUAUUUUUCAUGGUGA